AUGGGAAGAGUACGAACCAAAACCAUUAAAAGAGCCGCUAGGCAAAUUGUGGAAAAGUAUUAUGCAAAGUUAACCCUGGAUUUUCAAAUAAACAAAAAGAUAACGGAAGAGGUUGCAAUUAUUCCCUCCAAAAGAAUGAAAAAUAAAGUUGCUGGAUUUGUUACGCAUUUAAUGAAAAGAAUACAAAAGGGACCUGUUAGAGGUAUCAGUUUGAAAUUACAAGAAGAAGAAAGAGAAAGACGUUUAGAUUUUGUUCCUGAAAAAUCGCAAAUAGAUGUUAAUGUUAUAUAUGUUGAACCCGAUACGGUACGAAUGAUAAAGUCCUUGGGAAUAAAUAUCAGCAAUAUGAAAGUCCACAAUCCCAUGAUUAACUCCAACCAACAGAAACAGAACAGGAUGAACAACCAUUAUUAG